AUGGAUCCUUCACCUCGUAGCACCGGCUCAUACUAUAUCGGCACACUGGCCUUCAUCAAGGCAUACGCCGAAGCCAACUUUGAGUCUCCGACCUGUACCGCCAAAAUGGAGCACACCCGCGACCCUGAACAAUCAGAGGCGGCAGACGACGACGCUGGCUGUGUGAGCGUCGGCGUACCUAGUACCAGAAGUCCGCUACGAACCACCGCGAAUUCAACUACUUAUCGAUACUGGCGCAUGCGUACGGCCGGGCCACCAGCGUAUCCGGCGCCAGGUUUCUUCAUGGCUCGAAGGCCGCCGUUCCAUGCAUGGCUGAAUUAUAGAGCACCCACUUCCUACGAAAGGACAAAGUUGCCAGAGAGGCCCAAGGAGAACAUGAAGUUGAUUGACAGCGAGAAGGCGCCCAAGGCACUGCACGUCGAGGCGCCGCCGCAUUACUCCGCAGAGGAAGAAGAUCCCAAGAACGAGGGUCAAGCCGCCCAUGCGAAGAGUCGAUCGCCUGAAACUUGA